CAAACUUCCAUAUAGAUUGGCAGCUUCAUCUAAUGGAUUCUCAGGAGUCUCAGCUGGCUAAGUACCGCAAGCGCCACAAUAAGGAGUACCUGAAGCGCAAGGCGGAUGCUGCUGGGGAUAUCGAUGGCGAGAAGGAGGCCAAGGCCGCCAAGACCACAACAGGCGCCACCUCAUCCGGCGUGAGCGCAUCGGCCUCUGCUGCAGCGGCCGCAGCGCCGGCAGGUCCCUCCCAGCCCACCGCCACGGACCUGGAUGCCUUCAUGACCGACGAGGAGCGUCGCCGCAAGCGCCAGGAGGAAGCCGACCACGCCCUGGCGAUGCAGCUGUCGGGCGAGAUCAACAUUGAGACUGACCGCCGCGAUGAGAGGGAGUCGCAGAUAGAGAGGGACGAGAAGCUGGCGAGGGACCUGUUCGCCAAGUGGCAGAGGGCCGACACCUCUCGCGAGACCGAGAAGCAAGAUAGCAACCAGCAGCAGCAUGCCGGCCCUUCCCGUCGUGCCGUCCACAUUGAUCGUGACGAGGAGUGGGAGUGGGUGCGUCUUGUGAAGGCGACGGAUGUCAAUCGGUAUGACACGGAGGAGGUCAUGACGAGGGGUCGGCAGAUUCUGGACAAGGAGGGCGACAAGGCGGUCAUCAAGGAGCAGCUCACACAGCUGGCGGUCGAGAUGGGGUGCCUUACGGGCAAGUGGCUCAUCAAAUUCGGUGGGCCAGACGACUGGAAUACGACAAGAGACGAGGCAGCUGCGUCACUCGGGCUCUCAACUUUCCUGUGUUCAUGUGUUCAUAUGUGUGUGUGUAUUGCCUUCAGCACCGGAUCAGAUUGCAGAGGCCUUCGACCGCGUGUGUGAAGCCAUGCGCCAGGGCAUGCUGGGCAGUGCUGCCAAGAGAUCCCUCGAGCCCAAGGACAACCUGCACGUCAUCUGUGUGUACACGAGGGAUUUCAGGGAUAAGGGCGACGUCCAUCGUGUGCUCAACGCGCUGCGCGCCAAGGGGCUGGCGCCGCUGGUGGGAAAGGAGCAGCCGUCCAACUACAUCUCGCCCUCGAAGUCGGUGACAUACAAGACCGACCUCUACACGUAAGAAAACGAGACGCACAGAUGCCUGCAAGGCACGAUGAGCCGCGGAUGAGCCGUAUGUGUGUGUUGGUGUGCUUGCUGACGAAUCCCCCUCCCCCCCUGCACAGGAUAGUGGGCAUCUACAUGGGCAAUCCGUGGCAGCUGCCGCCCACCAUCUACCAGUCGAACUCGGGCGAGUUCCGCAAGUACACUUAGACAACAGGUAGAUAGACACACCGACAGAUACACAGAGAGACGUACGAUGGGUAUAGUCUGGAGGAGGCAUGGAUGUGGGUGUAUGCCUGCUGCCUCGGCCUGCCUGCCUGUGUGCCUUUUGUUGAUCGAUGGACGGACCUGGUUGUGGGUUGGGGUUGGCGAAUCGAACUGACUCGUUUCGUUCGUCUGUGUGCGCGUGUCGUGUAAAUAACUGAAUGGUGCGUGCAAGCAGACUUCAUUCAUCCAUCCAGCCAAGAAUGGAUGUCUCAUCCAUCCAUCCAUCCACGCAUCAACACAUCCACGCAGACACGUUGCGAUAGCACCACUGUCCGUCCAUGUAUGUGUGUCUCCGCCCAUCUGCCUGCCUGUCUGUGUCGAUCUGUCUGGCUGUCACGCAGAGUCCGCGUUGUGUUUUGUCUGCCCGUACACAUCACACUUUCGGCAUCACCGUCCCCCGAAGCCGGCUGUGUGCGUCU